AGCAGUUUGAAGGCGAAGGUAACAAGCCGCACUUGAACGCAGCAUCAGUCUCCAGCUUCCUCACACACACACACACACACACACACUCAGCAGAGUGUGUUGGCCAAAUUAAAGUGAGCUACCGCUGUUGCAGCUGCAAACGCGCCGAUAUGGAGACGUUGUUUGUGGGAAAGGGCUGUAGCCAGAGAGUGGCCCGGAGGAUGUAACUGUCGCCCGGGAGUCGCUGGAACGAUACUCGGUGUGAAUACAAAAGGAACCACCGAGAUAGAGGGACCAUGGUGGGUAGAGCAGCAGCAGCAGCAGCGGCGGCGGUGGCGGCGCCGGCGGCGGGAUGAGCAGGAGGAGGGUUUCACGCUGACCCCUAGCUUCAUAUCUCUGAAAUCAGAACCAACUUUUAAACGUGAUAAUUAAAGGAAAAACUCUCAAUCAUGUCGGAUCCGAGUCACUGGUCUGCGGUGCCGAGUCAGAAAAAGUCCCAUGCUGUUCCCGGAGCCUUGCUAAAGCGCUCAAAAAGCUGUCGCAGCAGCAACAGGAAGAGCCUCGGUGUCGGGACACCAUCACCCACGCUGUCCCGGCCACUGUCUCCACUCUCUGUCCACACUGCUGCAAGCAGCCCUCUAGACAGCCCCCGAAAUGUGUCUAACAGUGCCUGCCUCAACUUUCCAUUUGCCCGAAGUCACUUGGCUCGUGCUGACAGAGCUGAGGGCAGGAGGUGGUCUCUGGCUUCCCUCCCCUCGUCUGGCUAUGGAACCAAUCCACCGAGCUCCACUGUCUCGUCUUCCUCGUCCUCGCAGGAGCGCCUCCACCAGCUUCCAUACCAGCCAACACAAGACGAGCUGCACUUCCUUUUCAAGCACUUCCGCAGCACAGACAGCAUGACCGACGAGGAUGGAAGGCCCUCGACUGUCAUACGACCCCGGUCUCGGAGCCUCAGCCCUGGGCGAUCCACAAUUUCUUUUGAUAAUGAGAUCGUCAUGAUGAACCAUGUUUACAGAGAACGUUUUCCAAAGGCCACAGCUCAGAUGGAGGAGCGCUUGUUGGAGAUUGUCACCCACUACUCUCCAGACAGCUCUCUCCCACUGGCUGACGGGGUGCUGGGCUUCAUCCAGCACCAGUUGGUCGAACUGGUCAGAGACUGCCUGGAUAAGUCCCAUAAAGGCCUGGUUACCUCACGCUACUUUGCUGAGCUGCAGGAGAAGCUGGAAAAGCUUCUACAUGAGGCCUUUGAGCGCUCUGAAAGCGAGGAGGUAACCGUCAUCUCCCAGCUGGUGAGGAAGAUCCUCAUCAUAAUCUCUCGGCCGGCUCGCCUGCUCGAGUGUUUGGAGUUUAAUCCGGAGGAGUUUUACCACCUACUCGAAGCAGCGGAGGGUCAUGCCAAAGUCGGCCAAGGAAUCAAGACGGACAUCCCACGGUACAUCAUCAGCCAGCUUGGUCUGACAAGGGACCUGUUAGAAGACAUGGUGCAGCUUGAACAGUAUGAUGCUGGUCCUUCAGUGGAACCAGAUGCUAAUCUGGAGAAUAAGCCCCCACAGACUCUGACACCAACUCGCAGGAAACCUCUAGAAAGUGACUUUGAAACCAUCAAACUCAUCAGUAAUGGAGCCUAUGGGGCUGUGUAUCUGGUCCGUCACAAGGAGACCCGCCAGCGGUUUGCCAUGAAAAAGAUAAAUCGCCAGAACCUGGUCCUGAGGAACCAGAUCCAGCAGGCGUUUGUGGAGAGGGAUAUCUUAACCUUUGCAGAGAACCCCUUCGUUGUCUCUAUGUUCUGUUCUUUUGAGACACGACGUCACCUCUGCAUGGUCAUGGAGUAUGUCGAAGGUGGAGACUGUGCCAAUUUACUCAAGAACAUGGGCCCUCUGCCUGUAGAAAUGACAAGGAUGUACUUUGCUGAAACGGUCCUGGCCCUGGAAUACCUUCACAACUAUGGCAUUGUGCAUCGGGAUCUCAAACCUGACAAUUUAUUAAUCACAUCCAUGGGCCACAUCAAACUGACAGACUUUGGCUUGUCCAAAAUUGGCCUAAUGAACAUGACCACCAACUUAUGCGAGGGUCACAUGGGGAAGGACACAAGAGAAUUUGUUGACAAACAGGUAUGUGGUACUCCAGAGUACAUCGCCCCGGAGGUGAUCCUUAGGCAGGGCUACGGCAAGCCUGUGGACUGGUGGGCAAUGGGCAUCAUCCUGUAUGAGUUCCUGGUCGGCUGUGUCCCGUUCUUUGGAGACACUCCUGAGGAACUCUUUGGCCAAGUUGUCAGUGAUGAAAUAAUUUGGCCGGAUGGAGAGGAUGCUUUACCUGUUGAGGCUCAGGACCUGAUCACCCGCCUGCUGAGUCAAAGUCCUCUGGAACGAAUGGGAACUGGUGGAGCCGUCGAAGUCAAACAACACCCCUUUUUCAAUGGCUUAGAUUGGAAUGGACUCUUGCGCCAGAAAGCUGAAUUCAUCCCUCAGCUGGACGCAGAGGAUGACACAAGCUACUUUGACACUCGAUCAGAACGUUACCAUCACAUGGCAUCUGAUGAGGAUGAGGAAACCAAUGACGAAGAGUCUUCCUUGGAAAUCAGACAGUUUUCAUCCUGGUCACAUCGCUUCAGCAAGGUUUACAGCAGCACAGAACAUCUGGCAACACCCUCCAACCUGAGCUUCUCUUCCGACCGCAGCCACAGUGAAGAUAAAGAGGACCGUAGGGACAUGGGAGGACUCAGUCCUUCCCCAAUUCCAGCAGAGGGCAGCAUGGAGUGCAGAUAUACUGGACAUAUGGCCAGUCUUCAACCUCGAGCCUCUUCCAGCUCCUCCCAGUCUGAGAGGAGCACCAGCCCUCUGGUGAUGAGCAGCACACACAGCCUGGAAACAAUGCCCCGCUUUGCCCUGUCCACUGAUGAUGAAGCUGAGGUGGUCGUAUCAAACCUUCGGAGAAUCAGGAUUCGCAGUAACAGCACUGGGGCCAAGCACUCGUCCCCGAAGGACCCUGCUGGCUCUCGACGAUUUGGUAACCAACUGGAUACACCGGACAGGCAAAGGCUUCCCUGUGGAGGAAAGGUCCCAAAGUCAGCCUCUGUCUCAGCCCUGUCCCUCAUCAUCACUUCAGACGACUCGCCCGGUUGCCUUCAACCCAGUCCCAUUUCCCCGCGCUCACUCUCUUCCAACCCUUCCUCUCGUGAUUCAUCUCCCAGUCGUGACUUUUCGCUAGGCCACAGCAGCCUGAGGCCACCCAUCAUCAUCCACACCUCAGGGAAGAAGUUCGGCUUCACUCUGCAGGCCAUCAGAGUGUACAUGGGUGAUAGUGACGUGUACACGGUGCAUCACAUGGUGUCGAGUGUGGAGGAGGGCAGCCCAGCACACCAAGCUGGUCUCCACACAGGAGACCUCAUUACCCACGUGAACGGAGAGUCUGUCCAAGGCCUGGUCCACCCUGAAAUGAUAGAACUGUUGCUGAAGAGUGGCAGCAAGGUGGCGCUUCAGACCAUAGCACUGGAGAACACGUCGAUCAAAGUUGGUCCUGGUCGGAAAAGCAAACACAAAGGCAAGAUGGCUCGUCGCAGCAAGAAGAGUAAGAGGAGAGAUAAUUACGACAGGCGACGAAGCAUCCUGAAGAAGCUGUCGAAGCAGAGCACAGUGAUGCACAGCAGCCGCAGCUUCUCUUCAGGUCUCCAUCAUUCUGUCUCCUCCAGCGAAAGUCUUCCAGGUUCCCCAACUCACAGCCUCUCCCCCGGCCCAUGCACUCCAUGCCGUAGCCCUGCACCGGACCAUCAGGCCUUUGAAAACAACUCUCCUCAGAGCACAUCUCCUUGCUCCAGCUCUCCCAGUUCACCCGCCGCACACAUCCGGCCCAGCUCACUCCAUGGCCUGGGCUCCAAACUCAGCACGCAGCGUUACACCAAGGUGGGCCGCCGCAAGUCAACCAGUAACAUCCCUCCCUCACCUUUGGCCUGCAACUCCUCCUCGUCCUCUGCUCAGCCCCUUUCUCCACAGCGCUCGCCCUCCCCACUGCCAGGCUUCUCUAAAAGCCUUCACACUUUUCAUGGCAAAACCCUGUCCCCACCCACCAUUGUCAGACACAUUGUCCGUCCCCGCAGCGCCGAGCCGCCUCGAUCUCCCCUACUGAAGAGAGUGCAGUCGGCCGAGAAACUGUCUGGAGUGUAUCAUGCUGAUAAGAAGUCUUACGCCCCACGCAGGCACACGCUGGAAGUGCCAUUUUAUGGUGAGGCUGAUGUACUGUGUGACUCAGAGGCGGAGGGCACCUGUGGGGGCUCCUACAUCGGGGCCGAUCACAGCAGGCUGGGAGGAUACAUCGGCAGCCAGAGGGUGAGAGACUCUGGUAUUGAACGAUCUGAGCAGCUGGUGGUGAUGAGAAAGCUCAACCUAUCGGAGCGGCGGGAUUCUUUUAAGAAGCAGGAGGCGGUGCAGGAGGUGAGCUUUGACGAGCCAGAGGAGAAAGCCAGCGCCACAGUCACAACGGCCGCCACAGCACCAGGGGCCCAAACACAACCGCAGCAGCAGCAACAGCAGCACAGGAUGGCCUGGAUCGUCACUCAACCCCAAACAAGCAAAGAGGUGGAGCUGGAAGUGCCUGUGGUGAGGAGGUUCACCCUGGUGCCCCAGAUCGCCGUGCAGGGUUCAACAGAGAGUGAGGAGCAGGAUGAGUGGGAGCCGUGUUCAGACAGCGAGGAAAUCACAGAAAAACCUGAGCAUGAUGUCGGUGUCUCUUCAUCUCAGCAUCGGCCGGCGGUACAUCCUCUGAUUGACAAGAGCUGCAGUCACGCAGCAGAAACGGCUUCCAAUUGUCCUGAAGCUGGACGAUCAAGUGAGAAGACUGAGUGUCAGGAGGAAACUCCACAAAAAGGGCCUCAGAGAAAGUGACUGCUCACUGCUCUUCUCUCAUUUCAGCUGCUCGUCUUUUAAGUGUUUCAAGUGUAACAUGCAUCAUCACUGAUGGAAAACUACCCAGUGUUUUUUUUUUUAAGUCUAAGCCAGAUGAACUGGAAGCUGUAAACUAAUUUACAAACCUGUCUGGCUGAAAGGUAGUAGGCGAGGCUUUCACUUGAAUUUUUUUUCUCCUUUUUUUUUUGUAAAUAUUUGCGUCAAUGAUUUGUAGACAUCUUGUUUGUAUUUAUUACAUUUUAUGAGUUAGUAACAGGGAAAGAGGGAAAUUCUCUUUGGUUGAGUAGCAACGGCUCAGCAUUUUUGUAUAAAUAAAGUGGCUUUUUGUCCUUUGACUGUUUUUUUGUUGUUUUUUUCCUAUAAAUGUCUAUUUUUAAAAUAAACUGUCACAGCACAGAGUAGUUUGAUACUGCGAUGCAUAGCUGUUGCAGGACCAAAAGGUACAAGAAGCAUAGUGCUUGUGGGUUUUAGUUUUUUUUUUUGUGUUGAAUUUGAACUGUGCAGCUUCCACUAGUGUUGUACUGCUACAGUAUGAUCUGGAUCUUUCUUAAACCAGUAACCCAGGAACACUUGUUAAAUCUAAAGUACACACAUACUGAUACACAUACUGAUAAGAGAAUAGUGUGUUGCUGUGCUUAGCCCCUACGUCCUUCACAACACACUAGAAACAAAUCAUUAAUUAAUGCUGCUGCAGAAAAAUAUAGCCGAGUGUGAAAGUGGAAAGCUUUGCUCAGUUGAACUUCUUCCCCAUUUUGCACUUUUCAGACAGAACAGCUGUCAGUGAUGUUUGGAGAGGAAAAAAAUGUCCAGUCGUAGUUGUGUGAUGGAAGGAGACUAUGUUUACUUUAGCGUCUGUGGCCUGUUUUUCCUCUGACAACGUAUUGGGGAAAUAAAAGUACUUAAUUGAACUUGAUGAUCAUGGUUCACGCAGAGUGAACCCUCAGCCACAGUUUAUGUCUUUUGUGUAAAUGUGGAACCAAUGUGAUUCAAAAAGGCCACCGUGUUUCCUCAGCGUCCUCUAAGCCAUAUCUCUGAAAACCGAAAUGUCAGGUUAAAUGAUUUGUUUUGCCUUUAAUUUCAACACAGCAGGGACACUUCCUGAAAUGUGCAUUUAAAUGUAACACAUUUUUGUACUGUUAUUUGAGGCUGCUCAUUGUUUGAGUGAGGUUUAGUGAGGUGAGAGUUUCAUUCUCACGUUCUAACAUCUUUUAACUGUGAUACAGCAUGACACACACACACAGAGCAGUGUUUUAAGGCAGUUUGAGUGUGUACUUUUGCAUCUGUACUGCUUUCCUUUUCUAAAAUAUGUUUGUGUUUUUUUUCCACAUGGUUAGAGUGACAACACAUUUUGAACCUGGAACAUUUUGCUUCUCUGUGUGUGUUUUUUCCUGGAACUUGUAUUUGUUUUUUUGUUUCUCACGAGCAUGUGAGAAACACCAUACCUAAGAGGAUGUUCCCACUUGGUCUACUGUGUAGUGAUGUUUACAUGCACUAAUGUUUUUUUGUAACUGAAUGUUUAAGAGGGACACAUGAACAUGGACUCUUAUCCCAGGGCUUCUUUGAACAACUGUUUUAUGUGUUUGUAUUGUGCAAAUAUUGAUGUAUAUUUUGAUAACACAGUUGUGUAUAAUUCCAUGUUUUUCAGGACAUGAUGAUGCACAAUGACGAUGAUAAUGUGUGGCAUCAGGAUUUUGGGACAGUUGGCUUUGAGGGAUUUUUUUUUGUUGUUGUUGUUUUUAUUAACAAAACACCCUGCUGGGAGCCAGAGCAGUAUUACACAUCCACUACAGCCUUGGAUGUGUCACACUUUUCCACUACAAAAAGGGAGUUUUGAUUGUCUUACUCAUCAGUGGCUGUGGCUUGCUUUUGUGUCGACUUUCUCCUGGGUCCUCUGUUAAGCCUCAGAUUUGUUCAUAUGUUUUUAAACUUCUCCUUAAAAUAGUCUUUGAAUCCCAAGGUGCCGCCCUCACAGCACAAUGUGUCAGUACACAAGACGGAGUUGUUCAGUUAGAGAAAGAAAUCUGAUUCUUCAGGGAGAAAAUUACUACAUUUUCUUUGAUAUGGAUUUAUGCAAGUUGGUUGUAUUGUAUGUUGUUUUUUUUUUUAAAUGAGAAAGAUGACUUCAGGAAUACCAUUUCUCUAGAGGUGCAGUCAUGUAUCUACAUUAAUUGGACAAAGGUUAAAAAUAAAUAAAACAGAUUUUACAUCUGGGAAGGAAGAGCGUAUUGUUAUAGAAAACGUAGACGGUUGUUGCUCUAUAUUCAGAUCUUCCUCUGAAUAAUCUGGUUUCUUAUGUGACUGUAAAUGUUGAUGUUGCUUUGUUUGUCUCCACUGGUUCAAAGACUUAUUUUAGCAGCAGUGAGAGCUUUAACCACUGGAGAUCAGCACAAACGACACUUGGCUGGUGUUAAACUUAGUCUUAUUCUCAGAACUAAGUGGCAGGUCUGACUGUUGUACAAGUGCACGUGUUCUACUGUGGACUCUUCUGUUCAGUGCAUGCUGCAUGACACAAGCACACAUCAGUAAUACUUGACUGCAUGGUAUACCGGCGUGGUCGCCCUGUACUGUGUUUUCUUGUGCAACAAAUAAACUUUGUAUUUCUCUUUGACUUUUCUUUA